UACGCAAAUACUUAGCGAGAGAGCAAUAGGGCUGUUUACAAAUGUUGAAAAGAAAUAGCUAUUUGGUACGUCUUUCGAGUUAUUAAUUGAUCCAAACGCAUAAAUAUAAAAAGGGACUUAGUCAUAAGUCAUAUUAUUAAUUUUCCAAGUGUGAACCUGGCUGUAAAACGGGAAUGAGAGGGGGGAAGCGUCAGCGCUUAGUGUGAGAUUUUGACAAGUGAGGUUAUGUUCAAGUCACAGUAUGGAGGCCACAAAUCGCCCCUACGCUAAGUUCCAGCCUAACGAGGAGUACCUCGAGGCCCUCAUCUCUAUGGGCAUUUCGGAAAACCACGCCCAAGAAGCCUUGUUUUGUACCGGUAACGAGUCAGUAGAAGCGGCCGUGAGUUAUGUCUUUACGAAUUUACUCCACGAAGACAACGAUGACGAAAAUCUUGUGCCCCCUGGCGCCGAGAACAACGUCGACGAGUCACCUAAGAGGUACAAAAUGACAUUUGUGGUAAACACAGCGCUGAAAAUGGGGCUCGGCAAAACGGCCGCGCAAGUGGCACACGCGUGUUUGGGGCUGUAUAGAGAGAUGAGGAUAACGGGGGACAGGGAGGAUGCGUUGAAUGAGUGGGAUUAUUUUGGGGAGAAGAAAAUUAUUCUCAAGGGGGAGAAUACCGAGCAUUUAGAAGCGUUGUUUAAUAAAGCGAAAGAAAUGAAUGUUCCGUGUUAUUUAGUGUCAGAUGCUGGUCACACACAGAUACCGCCAGGGUCUGUCACAGUUUUGAGUGUUUUUGGGGAUGAAGAGGAAGUUAAUGCCAUCACAGGAACUUUAAGUUUGUUAUAAUGACUAGAAUUCCAUUUAAUUGUAAGGUUUAAGACCAUGAAUUCCCUUGACUCCCUUCUAGUGUGAACGCAUGUUUUUUAUUUUUAGUACCGCUUAGAUGUAAAUUAUUUAUUUUUAAUGUUAUAAGAGUUAUCUUAUAGUCAAGUGCACAUGACGUGUAUACGAUCCAGAAUAAAUUUUUGUUGCAAAAA